AUGGGUAAACACCUCGUGAAUCUCAUCGAGUCAGGCAUUGGCCUUGCCUCUGAUGUCAUCUCAGCUCGCAAGAACUCACCCAAAUACCCAUCUCACUCUUACAAUGCAACCAAGAAUGCUACAGAGAACUCCACCUCGCGUGAUCUCAACAUGGAUCAAAGCAACGGACUUGUCUUCACAACAGAAAACAGGACUGCUGCGCCUGUUACUCCGAUUGCUGCAGGAUACACAGAGUUGCCAGUUCCUACCGGUCAGGAAUCAAGCAGAGAAUAUGCAGAACGUGUCAUGGGCGAUGAAACACAUUCCUACCGUGAUGCGGACCUGCACGGCCUUCGUGAAGAAUCACAGAAUCGGACUACAGAUAAUGUCUUCUCGGCCUCAGCGAAGGAGCUCUAUGCAGACACCCCCAUUGGGCAAAAUUGUGAUGUGCAUAGCGAGUCACAGUACCCGGUGGAUCGGAAAGAUGAGAACAAUCAAGUCGAAGCAACCUGUGAAACGCAUGAAACCGCUUAUCAUGAUCUGCCGCCAACCUACGAAGAAGUGGAAUUCUCGCGUGAAUUCACUUACCCAAACGACAGCCCUAGAUAUCUUCAGACUUCGAUUGAUGUGCCUAGAGUCACCCCGCUGGUAUCGCCGGAGGCAUAUCAGGAGCAGGCGCGUACAGGCUCCGCUUGGGCAAUUCCUCAGUCAACCCAAACAGACGGUGUAUCUUCUUAUCAGAUCCAAAGCCACCGAUGUUACAGCAAAAAGUUGGUCUCACGGCUUACGGCAGGCAAGUUGGGAAACAAGGCUGGCUUGAUUGAACGGGUUGCGGCAUCCAUCCAAAACUCUGAAAAUAUCAAUUUGGCGGCCAUGCCAGGAACGAAUCGAGGAGUGUUGAGAAACAAGACGGGCUUGAUUGAACGGGUUGCGGCAUCCAUCCAGAACUCUGAAAAUAUCAACAUGGCGGCCAUGCCAGGAAUAAAUCGAGGCGUAUCGGGAAGCAAGACAAGUUUAGUUUUGCGCGCUGCGGCUUAUGUCCAGGAGUCUCAAAGCGCUAAGCGGCGUUGUCGGUGUAGAUCUUGA